ACUGUUGUUUUCGGUACUCAGACGCAGGAAACAGGCACACCUUAGCUGCUGCAACCAAUCCGCUCUUCCGGCUCCACCGUUACUAAAUACACAGAAGGGGAAGAAAGAUCACACACCCCGGCCACAUUAACAUGGAAAACACUUAUGCUUACUCCAAGCACUGCUGCGAGUUUGGCCGUCAGUGUCAGUUUUCGGAUUCGCCUGCUGAGCUGCUGGUGGACAUCCACCCGGACCCAAGCCUGGCCCUCAACUUCAGCCAGAAGAGCCACCGGGACCUGGCCACGCAGACAGGUGUGGAGAUGUCAGAGCACGAGGUGAACACAAAACUUCAUGAGACAAGAAGCUGUGGAGUAAACCAAGUGGAGAGGGGGUGGCCCAAGGACACCGACCCUGCUGAGAAGGAACAAACAAGCCUUUUCAGGAAUAAGGUGGAAAAGGACGAGAGCUACAUCAACAGUGUUCUGCAGCUGUGCAGAGUCAUGGAGGAUGCCAUCAGACUGAACAAUGCUGUGGACAUCCAUCAGGAGUAUUUCAAGGAUGAGGAGGAAGUGAAGGAAAUUCAGGAGUCACCAUCAGAAUAUAGCGUCAGCCACCAUCAAUGUCUUCAGCAGCCCGCUGGAUGCCAGCUCUUCACCUCCAUAUUCCUGACCUCAGUCCGACGCCGGUCUGCUCGCAGCUUCUUUGUUCCACGCGCCUGCCUCUCUGCCCAGCUUGCAACAGUUUUUGUGUUUUCGGACUCCGUGCACCCCUCACCCGGACCCCUCUCCUUUCCCAUCUACGUCUCGCCUCUGCCUGCACAACUAAGACUGUUACUAAUCACUGCCCAUCACAUUUUAAUACCUGACCCCACUUGCAUUCCACUUGCAUUCCUCCCUUCCCCUGCAGCAUAGGGUUCACGCUCGGGAUUUUACCCAGUGUCGGGUUCCUUAGCUGCUCCCCUUACAGCAUGAGACUAAUUCCCAGGACCUUUUUCACAGCACAUAAAGCGUACGUCUAGUUCAUGGUCAUGUUUUUGUUGUGUGAUUCUUUUAGUGAUGUCUAGCUGUGCCAUAGUGUGUAUAUAAGCUCAUAACUUAACACAGAAACUUUAGCUUGUUUCAUUGACCGAGUGUUUGAUACUGUUCAAGAAGUUUUGUAUGAAUUAACUCAUAGUGUACUUUCGUGGCCUGUGCACACUAGUAUUGCUUUAGUUAAUAGUUCUUUCUUAGUGGUUGUUUCCCUUCCAGAGGAUUUUUCUACUUCUCGCCCUUAGUUCAUAGUUUUAGGUCAUUUGCAUUUUGUUGUUCACCCCACAGUUUGUGUCACUCUAUUUGCAGUAAUAAACAGUUGCGUAACAUCCACACCUUGCAACUCUGAGUGUUGUCUGC